AUGAAGCCGCUUCUCAUUUUCUUCUCGCUUUCGCAGUUGAUAAACUGCCAAUUCUAUUGCGCAGAUCUUCUCCAACAAUGUGCAAAAUCUGCCGCUGAAUACACUGAACAGAUCCUGCAGUACAAAGAAAACGCAUUCAAGUCUUGUGUCCGCCGUCCAUCCUGUCACACCGAGCGCAAAAUUUUCGAUGAAUGUUUUGAUGCUUCCGUAUCAGCUACUCAUGUAACACCACCUCAAGAAUCCACGUCAAAUGAUGGAGAGACAAGAGCCAGGCCAACACCACCGCCAAUGACUAAAUAUAAUAGUUUGUUGAAAUUUUUCAAUGAGAAUUCCAUGAAAUUCCGGAGUGCACUGGAUCAAUGUUUUGUAAGAUCCCCGUUUGUCCCGAAGAGGAAUUUUUUCGGACCAAGUCUACUGGAUGAAGACGCUGCAUAUGCUCGCGCAAUUUAUCAGUUCGACCUUGCUGACAGACUUUGGGGACUUCCAGAACUUUCCAUCACACGUCCCAGCCUUGACACUCUUGGCGUUUGUGGAUCAAGGACCACCGCUCUCCGAAUUUUUGGAAGUGGAAUCUCAAGAAUCAGUCGAUCAUCGGACCCAACAAAAAACAAUAUCACCAGUGCUUGUAUGUUGGAUGAAGAUGAAAUUACUUGUUAUCGUCAGGCGCUCGAUUUGAAUACGGAAUAUGUGCAAUUGAUCUACAACAGGGACUACGCGCUCAGAGGAUGUAUUCAAAACUUACGCCAACAAAGUGUGUGUCGUAUGAAUGACAAAUCCAGACUACGCGCCUGUUUGUGUGGUGUCCGCGAGCAGUAUGAUAAUGAUGUUCAAUCAGGAAUUCUGCAAUGUGUGAAGUCGAAAAGCCCACAAAUGCCAGCGAUGGUCAUUGAAAUGAGCAGCAGUUUGGAUUCGGAGUCAACUUCCUCUUCCUCAAAGAUUCAAGAACAAGUCACACCGGCACAGCUGACAUUUGAUACUCCAGGAGCAAUCGUUAAUGGACAAUGUAUGUGUGCAUGUGGGAAUGGAGCAUCUCGGUCUUUCCUGCAUAAAGAUGAACCUAAGACCAAAGAACAGGAUGUCAAAAAAGGGAAAUCGAAAGAAAUCGAAGAAGAAGUAGUUGAGAUGGAAACUGUCAAGGAUGAAGAGCCCCCGAAAACUAAUUCAGUUAGAUUCAAAGAGAAUUCUCCGCGUCUAAUGCAACCCAGCGAAGCAGCGGGAAGAGUUUUCUGGAUGAAUAAUAUCACUAUCAUCUGA